UUUUUUGUGGAAGCGCGUGGAGUUGCGGCUAGCUGGUUGCCAUUAGCUACUGACUCACCGUCCGUUAGUGGAGUCGGUUUGCCGUUUGUACAACAGGCGCUGUAACCGCAUCGGCUAGUUCGCUAAAUGUGAAAAGUUAAGGUCGCUCUGUGUGGAUUUGGUAAAACUGUGCUGCCGCCUUCGUCGAGAGCUUAAGAAGACUGGACAGAACCUUCUGAAACAGAACGGGUUUCCCACUGCAUCUACUCUCAGCAACAUUUGUGCAACAUCUCCAGUGAACAUCAAAGGAACAACACAGACCCAGUAACAUCUAGUGCUUACACUCCUGUGUUUAUGAGAGGUGACAAAUCAUGGGUAGCUGGAAUUCAUGAAACUUCCAAAAUGACUUCGAUCCCAGGACUCCCUACACAAGGGUCAGAUGUAACCAUUCUCAUAACCAGGGCUCACUUGCAUCCUCUUUGUGUGCUUGUGGAGUUCUGGGGAAAGUUUGGCCAGGAAACGACAGCAGAUUAUGAGCGCCUGGCAAAAGAAAUUCAAUCUCCUGAAAACCCAUUUCAAGAGUUUGAAGGAAAUCCUGGUGACCAGUGCUUGGUUCGAAUCAAUGAUACUUGGUACAGGUCUCGCAUAGUCUCAAGAAAUGGCUCCAAAUACUGUGUGUUCCUCAUUGACAAAGGGAGGACACAUGGCACCACCACAAGUAAUCUGGCAUGGGGUAAGAAAAAGCACUUCCACCUGCCACCCGAAGUGGAAUUUUGUGUGCUAGCCAAUGUCUUACCACUCUCCCCUGAGAACAGAUGGUCUCCGGUGGCUCUUGAAUUUCUGAAAACUCUCUCUGGGAAGACUGUAAAGGCACAUGUGCAAGAUGUAUUAGUGCCACACAGACUAUUUCUCCUGCACAUCCCUUGCAUAUCCAAAGAAAUGUAUGAGAUGGGAAUUGCCAAAAAGCUGACACCAGAUGCGUUUCAGGACUUUGUGCUUUUGUCACUGCAGUCCAGUAGUGGAGCUGAAGUGCCUCCAGAGACACAGCUCUCCAAGGAACCAGUUGAACGACUUCACAAAAAAGAGCUCUUUCUGUACCCAGAGCUGCCAGCAGGAACUGUGGAGACUGUUGUAGUCACAGAAGUGACAAAUCCACAGCGGAUUUUUUGCCAGUUGAAGGUCUUCUCACAAGAAUUGAAGAAACUUUCAGGGCAAAUCACGCAGUGCUGUGAGGGCAGAACGACCAAUUGCAUCGUAGGCCCAGAAAUGAUUGGUUUUCCAUGUGCUGCAAGAGGAAGUGAUGGCAGGUGGUGCCGCUCUGUUCUACAACAGGUAUUCCUCACCAACAAACUUGUGGAAGUGUUGAACGUUGACUAUGGAACAAAAGAAUUUGUUCAAGUAGAGAAUGUAAGACCACUGGCUGCUGAGUUCUUCAGGAUGCCCGUUGUGACCUAUGUCUGCUCGCUCCAUGGGAUCAUUGACAAGGGGGUUGGAUGGACAACCAGCCAGAUUGACUAUCUCAAGACCCUUCUUCUGCAAAAGACAGUGAUUGCCAAAUUUGAGUACCAAAGCAUCUCUGAGGGCGUUCACUAUGUCACGCUCUAUGGGGACGAAAACACAAACGUCAACAACUUGUUUGCUUCCAAAGAGAGCUCCCUUCCAGAGUUUGAAAAAACACUUGGAGAUUAUGCCAUCCCUAGCACUGCAUACAAAUGCCAGCAUCCAGCUCAGCUAGAGAGAAAUCAAAAAAAGAUGUUAACUCCUGGACUGCCUGAAGAGGACAAAGUAGGAAAAGGAUUAGUAGAGAAACUGCAAGCUGAACACCUCUCUCUCAACUCAACCCAUGUGGCAUUUGUACACCACGUAUCUGACCCAUCAGAGUUCUGGAUCCAAACACAGACCUAUGCAAAUGAGUUGGAGGAACUGAUGGAGGGCAUCUACAACCUGUACAAAGAUAAAGUGGAUGAACAUGUGGUAAGAAAUCCAACUGUAGGUCUGUACUGUGCUGCCAAAGCAGAAGAUGGUGAGUUCUACCGAGCAACUGUGGCUGAAGUUGGUGAGACUCAAAUCAAGGUGUUCUUUGUAGAUUAUGGAAACACUGAAGUGGUUGACAGAAGUUGCAUCAGGACCCUUCCUGACAAGUUCAAAAAGCUGCCAUGUCUUUCACUGAAAUGCACUCUGGCUGGAGUCAGGCCAAAAGAUGGGAGAUGGAAUCAAAAUGCCUGUGAGUUUUUCUUAAAAGCAGUCACGGAUAAAGAACUAACUGUACAUGUGGCAGCAAAAUAUGGUGAGGGCUAUGUUGUCCAACUAACAGAUCUUGAGGCACAGGGAGAAAGGGAUCUUGGUACACUGAUGUGUAGUUCUGGCUUUGCUGAAAAGGCGGAAACACAAAGGCAACCCAAAGUCAAAAUGACCAUGCAACCUGCCAUUCUGCCACAACUUCCAGAUGCAAGGCUCUCAGGUUCACACAGGAACAAUGGGGUGUCCUUCCAGACCAUAAAUGCAGUUGGACCUGCUAGUAGUGAGAGAAGAGUUCUUGCAUUCAAGGAGCUCAUGUUUUCCAUCGGAAGUGUCCUUGAUGUCAGUGUUUCCUACAUCGAAAGCCCAAAUGACUUCUGGUGCCAACUUGUGCAAAACGCAGGUCAUUUGAAAUUGCUCAUGCAUGACUUGCAAACUCACUAUGCAGGCAGUGAGUUUCAGCCUUUUGUGGAAACCGUUUGUGUUGCACAACAUCCUGACAAUGGAAUGUGGUACAGGGCCCUUAUAAUUCACAAACAUAAAAUAUCUGAUGUGGAUGUGUUGUUUGUUGACUACGGCCAAACGGAGACAGUCUCUCUCUACGACCUAAGGAAGAUAAGCCCACAAUUCCUUGAUCUGCGUGGCCAAGCUUUUCGGUGUAGUCUGUUAAACCCUGUUGACCCCACAUUUGCCAAUAACGAGUGGAAUGAAGAAGCAACAUCAAUGUUCCACAGCUUUGUGGAAACUGCAGCAUCCAACUUUGUGAUUUUGAAGUGCACCAUAUAUGCUGUCAUGUACAGUGAGCAGAAGAUUGUUUUCAACGUUGUGGAUCUGGAAACUCCCUUUGAGAGUGUCUGCACCAGUAUGAUCAAUCUAGCCAAAAGUGCUCCUCCCAAGAAAGCCCCUGGGCCAUCUUUUCGUCUUGACACCUACUACUACUCAGCGCACAACGUCAAAACUGGAACAGAGGAACAGGUCACAGUGACAUGUGUGAACAAUGUCAGCCAGUUCUACUGCCAGCUCGAAAGGAACACUGAUGUGAUAAAAGAUCUCAAGAUCAAGGUGAACAAUCUCUGUCAUCAGCUUCAGAAUGUAAAGCUCCCAACAGUCUUUGGAACUUUGUGCUUUGCAAAGUACACUGAUGGGCAGUGGUACAGGGGACAGAUCAAGGCCACAAAGCCAGGGAUUCUGGUUCACUUUGUUGAUUAUGGUGACACUAUUGAGGUGGAAAAAUCUGACUUGCUUCCAGUUCCCAGAGAGGCUAAUGACAUCAUGACUGUGCCAGUGCAAGCAGUUGUGUGUAGUCUCUCUGAUGUCCCUGCUGAAGUUUCCAGUGAAGUCAACAGCUGGUUUGAGAGAAGUGCGACAGAAUGUAAAUUUCGGGCGCUAGUAGUGGCCCGAGAACCUGAUGGAAAACUGCUGGUUGAGUUGUAUCAUGGAAACACUCAGGUUAAUUCAAAGAUCAAAAAAGUGUUUCAGAUUAAGGUGCUUCCAGAAGAGGAGGUUGUGUGCCAGGGUUGGAGAGCACUUGAGGCUUCAGCAAAUCAUGCACAGAAGACUCCAAAAGUUGUCCCAAAACAAACUGUUGAAAUGGAAGGACACACUCAAACCAUCAAGAAAAAUGUUCCUGCCCCGAAACCAGCACGUCAAAUAAGGGAUACUGACAUGAAUCUGAAGUCCCCACCAAAGCCCUUGCGCUAUGUUUGUGAAAACGGUAAGAAGAAAGUUGCUCCGUUAGAGCUGUACAGACCUCCACACCAAAGGCAAUCAUUUACAAGGAUGACAAGUCAUACAGAAAAUGAUUCUGAUAUGGCUGGUUCUUACAUCCAACCAAGAAAAGAGAGCCUUCCCACUGAUUCUGAUCUGGCUGGUGCCUACAUCCAACCAAGAAAAGAGAGCCCUCCCACAGAAACUAAACAGCUCAAAUCCAACUCACCUGGCACAGAACUGCAGAAGGAAAUCAAUGAUGAAAAAUUCCCAAAACUUGUGGACCUGCCGUCAAAAUCUUUCACAUUAGAUAUGGAAGCAGAUGUUUAUGUCUCGCACUACAACAGCCCGUUGAGUUUCUAUGUGCAACUUGUCAGAGAGGAAGAGGAAAUAAUCUCCCUUGUGGAAAAGCUGAAUGAUCCCCAAUACGCCCCCCAAACCAACAGCAUCAAAGACUUGCAACCAGGUGACCUUGUUCAAGCAGAGUUUGCAGAUGAUUGCUCAUGGUAUCGAGCAGUUAUAAGAGAGAUCCACAGCAAAUCUAUGGCUCUUGUUGAGUUUGUUGAUUUUGGAAAUACGGCAAUGAUGCCAAUCGCCAAGAUGGGUAGACUCCAUAAGUCUUUCUUGCAAGUUCCCAUGUACAGCACACACUGUAUGAUGAGCGAGUCUGCAGGUCUUGGAAAAGAGGAAGUGCUUGACCCAGAAGUGGUGUCAGCUUUCAAAGAAGACAUUGGUGAGGAUGGAGAAAAGAUGCUCAAGUGCCAUUUUAUCAGGCAGUCAGGAUCUGUGUGGGAAGUCAGUCUUGAAGACAGUGAUGGCAAUGUCAUGUGCAAAGUACCUACCAGAUGCUCAACUAAUGGUACAGAAAUCGCCCUAGAGAAACUUGGACAAAUGGAGGAAAAAUCUUCCCACAACUCAUCGCUGCAAAACCCCUGCUCUCUACAUUACAACCAACAAGAGUUUUUAGAGGGACAAACAUUGGAGGUCUACAUCACAAAUAUAGAUGAUGCUCAGACCUUUUGGUGCCAAACUGUAGAAUCAGAAGAGCUGGAUAAGAUGACAUCAAGUGUCUCACAAGUGGGGAAUUCAGCAGAUCAAAAACGUAUCGACCCAGUCUCUCUUACCCCAGGCAGCCCAUGUAUAGCUCUGUUUUCAGAUGACGAGCUUUGGUACCGUGCAGAGGUGAUCGACAAAGAUGGAGAUGUGCUGUCUGUUCUCUUUGUGGACUAUGGAAACAAGUCUCAAGUCAACAUUACAGAUGUGAGAAAUAUGCCCCUUGAGCUAAUGGAAACUCCCCCACAGGCAUUUUUGUGUGAGCUUGACGGCUUUGGUGCUUCACAUGGAUCCUGGGACGGUGGUGCAGUAGAUGAGUUGUCAGCACUUACAACAGACAAAGUUGUACACCUGACUGUCACCAGAGUAGCAAGAGAAGAAGGGAAAGUCAAAUGCCUUGUGCUAAUGGAAUGUGAGGGCCAAGUGAUAAAUGAGGCACUGAAAACCUGGUGGAAGAGCUCCCCAACAGAAAACAAACCUUCAUACGAAACACCACUGCAAUGUGAUUCAACUGUGAAAGAAACUGCUACGACCAAGGAUCAAGUAGAGAUUCCUGAAAGCCAAGAAAUGGAUAUUACCGAUGCUUGCAUUCACCAAAACACAGACAAACUUAUUGACCCUCACAUUUUGCAAGAUGAUAAAGGCAUUGAUGAAGCCAUUUUGAGCUUGUUGAGCUUAAACCUUGACAAGAGUGCAGUGGUGACUACCAAAGGCACUAAAGAGGAGGAUGCUUCAGUGAUGGACAUUGUUGGACCAGAUGGACCCUUGGAGGUUCUGCAUGGAGAGGUUAAAACCUGCAGCAUUUUUUCCGGUCUAACUGAGGAAAAAGAUAGCGACAUGGUCACCAAUGAAAGGGAUAAUUCUCUUACCAAGAGGUCAACAGUGAGAAUGGUCCCCUGUGAAGAUUUUUGUUCCAGGAAGAGCUUUCCUCUGCAUGAGACACAUACCAUUUGUGAAGACUUAAAGCAGACUGAGACUGAAUCUGUGCUGCCUUCCUGUGUGCUUCCUGUAUUUGAAGCUCCUUCAGAACAGGAAAUUGACAGUGGAGAUGUCCUAGAUGAAGAGCAGCCAUCUACACCUGCUGAGAAUGACUCCAUAACGGAAGGAGAGAGCUGCGCUUUUCACAAGGAUACAUAUUCAGUCCUGGUAGCUGCCUCUGACACCGCAGCCAGUGAGUCACGGACCUUCACGGCUUCUGCUCAAGAUUUGGGUGAUGGGGUUGAAGAGGUGACGUGUCCUGCAGAGGAGGCGAUUCCUUCAUUUGAGGAGGUGACCAGUUUUGUCGAGGAGGCGACUGCUUCAUUUGAGGAGGUGACCAGUUUUGUCGAGGAGGCGGCUGCUUCAUUUGAGGAGGUGACCAGUUUUGUCGAGGAGGCGGCUGCUUCAUUUGAGGAGGUGACCGGUUUUGUCGAGGAGGCGGCUGCUUCAUUUGAGGAGGUGACCGGUUUUGUCGAGGAGGCAACCAGUUUUGUUGAGGAGGAGACUGCUUCAUUUGAGGAGGCGACUGCUUCAUUUGAGGAGGCGACUGCUUCAUUUGAGGAGGCGACUGCUUCUUUUGAGGAGGCGACGGAUUCUUUUGAGGAGGCAACUAGCUUUGUCGAAGAGACGACUAGCUUUGUCGAGGAGGCGACCGGUUUUGUCGAGGAGGCGACCGCUUCAUUUGAGGAGGCGACCGCUUCAUUUGAGGAGGCGACCGCUUCAUUUGAGGAGUCAACUGAUUCUUUUGAGGAGGCAACUAGCUUUGUCGAAGAGACGACUAGCUUUGUCGAGGAGGCGACUGCUUCAUUUGAGGAGGCGACCGGUUUUGUCGAGGAGGCGACCGGUUUUGUCGAGGAGGCGACCGGUUUUGUCGAGGAGGCGACCGGUUUUGUCGAGGAGGCGACCGGUUUUGUCGAGGAGGCGACCGCUUCAUUUGAGGAGACGACCGCUUCAUUUGAGGAGGCGACCGCUUCAUUUGAGGAGUCAACUGAUUCUUUUGAGGAGGCAACUAGUUUUGUCGAGGAGUCGACUGCUUCAUUUGAGGAGGCGACAGAUUCUUAUGAGGAGGCAACCAGUUUUGUCGAGGAGGCGACUAGUUUUGCAGAGGAGGCGACUGCUUCAUUUGAGGAGGUGACUGGUUUUGUGGAAGAGGCGACUGAGGUCCAUUUGAAAGACGUCUGCGCAGAUCCAAAUGAGCCAAGUGAUUGUGGCAAUGACACCAGUGAAAGAGAUGAUUGUGUCAGCGCUAUGACAGCAGAGGAAAUGGUAAUUUGCAUCACAGCCCCAAAUGAAACGGUGUUUCCUUGUGGGGAGCUUCUUCAACACAUAACCGAAGCUUCCUCACAGCAUGAAGUAGGAGACUUUUCUCUACAGGAUGAGCCAAUACAGAACAAGAAUAAUUCAGUGACUGAAGAUGAGACUUUGACUCUGCCCGAAGAUAAACUUGUUGCUCCUGAGCCAAAGGCCAACACAGUUCCCUAUCCAAAUUUGAGUGACCUGGUUGAAGAGGUGACCUGUCUAGUGGGAGAGAUCUGUCUGACAGACACCUGCAGAGAUGCACGACAAGAAGCUGAGAGGGAGGACAGUGAGCAACUGGUGCAUACACCCCCCUGUCUAAAACAGGAUUUCAGCGAAAGAGUGCUUGAGGAAGAAAUGUCACCUGCUGAUGACAGUUUUGAGGCUCAGCUGUCAAUGGUAACUCAUCUCUCUCUGAUUAUCAACGAUGCCUCUGCUGAUCUCAUGCUUGUUGCUCAGCAGUCAGAGGAGUAACACCACUCCAUUUCCUUUUUUUCCUUUUAUCAGACACAUUUAUCACCUGCAUACACUUUAAGUUACAACAGGUUCAAGUUCAGGUUUUCUUUGCCGUUUGUUCUCUAAUGACAGUUGUGAUUCGUUGGAUUGACCUGCAGGUGUGCAGCACAGUGGCUCAUUUCAUUGUUCCUAUUCAAAAACACCUUAGUAGUUAAAAGUGCCUUUGUACAGUCAGUAUCCACGUGCUCACUCAGUGUUAAAGUGGAGCACUGUUUUGUUACAGAUCUGUUCUGAUAAACUGCCACAUAAUUCUUUGGAAUGUAGUAAUUCUUUUGUUUGUGCUGCUUUGAAAGAUUGAUGUGAAAUGCAGCAGUUUUCAUGAUCCUUUUCUGUGUUUUGCAUGGAUACAUGCAUGUGUUGAAGAUAUAUUUAUGUUGGCACAAUAAAUAUCAUUACAGAUCUA